AUGGGUCAAUCUGGAGGAAACACAAAAGCCCGCAAGGGAAAGAAAGGGAAAAAAGGAAACAAGUCACAGAAAGAAGACCACCCCUCAGAUCUUCAGACAUCCACACCAUCUUCACCAAAAAUCAAACCUCAGCAGCCUGAAGCAUUUCAGGAACUCGAAGGAUCCAAAGACCUCGUCCAAGAAACUCAAGAACCCCAAGAACCCCAAGAACCCCAAGAACCCCAAGAACCCCAAGAACCCCAAGAACCCCAAGAAACUCAAGAAAAUCAAGAAUCCCAAGCGUCCCAAGAGCUCCAAGAAGCUCAAGAAGCUCAAGAAGCUCAAGAACCCCAAGAACCCAAAGAAACUCAAGAAAAUCAAGAACCCCAAGCGUCCCAAGAGCUCCAAGAACCUGAGGUGCCCCAAGCACUUCAGGAAUGUCAGGAACCGCAACAACUUCAGGAACCCCACGAGUCUCAAGAAUCUGAAGCAGCUCAGCAGUGUCAAGAACACGAAGAACCUGAGGAAUUUCAAGAAUUUCAAGAGCCCCAAGAGCCAGAAAAGUCUAAGGAAGCUGAAAACGCCGACGAUCCCGAAAAACCUCAGGAACCCCUAGAGAUCCAAGAGUCUCAUGAAAUUCAGGAGGAUCAGCAGCCUUUGGCACCGUUAUCUGUCAUAGAAAGUCUUCCACCCUUGCCAGAUGCCACUGGAUCAACCCCGUUGGCGACACCCUUAAGUUUCAGCAAAGAAAACAUAUCUUCUCCAACGUUUUCUAACUCCGAACUUCAGGAUCAAACUCUUGUUGAUAACAGAGGGAACGCCGACAAGGACGACAAAGAUAACGUUGAAGACGGUGCAAAGGGCGACGAAGCUGAAGACGAAGACAACGAGAACGAACUUGACGAACCGCGAGUGCGCUCAGUUCCAUCGCCUGCAAGUGCAAUAUCAUCUGCCGGCCCCUCCACACCUGCUGCAGUACUGUCAAAUAAUCCGUUUGAUGCCCCCGAUAACGCGGAUAACACGGACAAAGCGAUUGCCGACUCACCACAGCCUCUAAGGCAUCCGUCACCCUCAGCAGCAGAAAUUCAUCUUCCUUCCCCGUCGCAAUCAAAAUUGAAUCCACGAUCGAAUCCUGCUGCAGCGCAUCAUUACCUGCACGAGCCGUCACCGGCGCCUAUAUCUUCACCCCAUUAUUCGUAUAAUAUCCCAGGCGUGCAUCCGUAUGCAAAUCCCAUGAUACCGCCACACAACGGAGUAUCAUUCGACCCCCAAAUGGUCGGAAAAAUGGCGGUUACCGUCCCAAGUUAUCAUACCCCUGUGCGAUCAUCCACGAUGGAUUCGCCAUAUACCCCAUACCACCAUGCUAGGAGGAGUAGCCGAGCGUCAUAUGGCCGCGGAUACGCUGAUGCUUAUUACAACAAUGACUAUGGCCCUGUUAGGGAACCAGCACCUGUCCAGCCACCUGUGAUUGAGGACGGGAGAGAUGCAUCAAAAAAUGGGGAAGGGCUCAAUAUCAGUCUCCUAUCACGCAUCCAAAGCAUUAUUCCGGAUAUUAGCCAACUGGUAAUCAGCUAUCGAGACCAACAAACUCAACUGUCUGCACGAGAAGCAGAGCACAAGCAAAUCGAAGCUCAGCAUGAGGAGUCCCUGAUGCGCAAGGAGUAUUACAUCGAGGCCCUCCAAACACAAAUGCAGAAAACAGCCAACGAGAGCGCAAAGGAAUGCUCGAAAUUAAAAGGCAGGAUUAAUGAGCUCCGGUUCGAGCUUGGAGGACUCCAGGAGAAACAAAAGGAUGUCGAGGAGAGCUUAGCUGACGCCCAAAAGGAAAACGAUGAGCUUUCCCAACUUCGGGAAGAUUUACAAGAGGAGAUCGAUAAUCUUCAACGAGCGAUCCAGGAAGAAAAGGAGGCUCAUGAACAAGAAUUGGAAAGACAAAGGGAAAAGGAGAAAGAGGCACUGGAUAACCAGAAGCAGGACUUGGAAGGCUAUUUCCAGGAAAUUAAGAAUGAAGAUGACAGGCUCGCUGCUGAGCAACUCCAGGCCCGUGAGCAAGAACUGACUGACGAGCGUGAUAAACUCAAGGCUGAGUUGGAGGCCGAAAUGCGAGAACUUACGGAAGCAAAAGACGCCAUGGCCACGGACUACGAGGGCAAGCUAGCGUCUAAGCAGGCCGAAAUCGACGCGAAACAGGAAGAGAUUGAUGCUAAGAAAGAACAGUUGGAGGCCAAACAAGCGGAAUUAGAUGAGACACGAGAGACUCUGGCUGCUAAAGUAGAAGCUCUAGCUUCUAAGCAAGAAGAGUUAGUUGCUAAGCAAGGAGAAUUGGAAACUACCAAAGACGAGCUGGAAGCCAAAAAGGGGGAAUUGGAGACCACUCAAGGUGAACUGAAAAACAAGAAGGGCGAAUUGGAAACCACACAGGGAGAGCUGGAAACUACAAAAGGUGAAUUGGAGAAGAGAGUUGAGGAACUGAAGAAUAAGCAAGAGGAGUUGGAAGGGAAACAAGGUGAACUCGAGACGACACAGGGCGAGCUUACCACCACACGGGAAGAACUUGAGGCUAAGAAGAGUGAUCUUGACUCGAAACAUUCCGAAUUGGAGGCAAAACUCGAAGAGCUUGAGGAGAAAAAGCGCGAAUUGGAUGCCAAAAACGAGGAGUUGGAGGCCAAAAACGCCGCUUUAGAAGCUAAGAAAUCUGAGCUCGAGGCUAUUCAAGGAGAGUUGACCAGCAAGCAGACCGAGCUCGAGUCCAGACAAUCCGAUCUUGAAGCGAAACAGGCGGAACUCGAUGCGAAGCAGGCAGAACUUGACCAAUUGAAGCAAUCCCACAUAGCCGAACUCGCUGCGUUAAACGAAACCCACGAGAAAGAACGUGACACUGCAGCACAAGAGGCCGAAGAAAAGAUAAGUAACCUGAUAAAUGAGUACCAGCAAAAGGAGGAGGCUUGGCAGAAGGCUCGCGAGGACCUGGAGGCUCAGUUACUACAACGAGUAGAGGAAUUGAAACAAGUGGGGGAAGAGAAGGAAGUUCUCGCCAAGGAGGGACAAGCUAAAGAAGAACAACUACGGAAUGUGGUAGAGGAGAUGCGACAAACGCAUGAGAAUCUGAGCAAAGAUCGGGAACGGUUGAAAAAAACAUUACAUAGUCUCGGAGAAGCCACCGAUAUGAAAAUUAAAGGGGACUCUUUCUUCUUCCAAUGCUUUGGCCAACUUACACGCCUUAUUGUCGACCUCUCAAAGGAGCAUUUUGGCUACCUUCCAAUCGACCCACCCGCAGACAUCAUCGCAAAGAUCCCGUCCGAAAUCCCCCAGUUCCUUGACAACACCCAAGCAUCCCGGGAACUUCGAUCUGCUUAUGUGCAGCAUGUUAUUUCUAAGACACUCAAUUACAGGAUUUUCCAGCCGUUCUUAUUCACUCUCGGCAGGCGCUACGAUAAAGCAGAUACCUUUUUCCAAAUGCUGUCUAUGGAUAUCCGUCGCAAAUCCGUGAGACGCGAGGCGUACUGGAGACAACAAACGCUCAAGGCUGCCUACACUACCUCCGACGCCAAACAAGCUAUCAACGUAGUUGCCGCAGUCAUUGUGGAUGAAAUCAUAGACCAUAUCCGUCACUUCGCGGAUCCUAAGCACCUCGACGCCCUGCUCGUGGGGGUGAGGAAAAUCGUGAAACUCGCUGCAGAGACCUGGCGCCUCGCCCGUGUCGAAAGAGAACUUAUCAUCUCAACCAUGCCUUCUGCUGAGGAUGAACAAACAGUGAAUGAAGGCUGGAAGGAAUUCAACUAUGAGACCGCACCAUCUCCACCUACAGAAGAUUCCAACGAUAACACUCCCUCGGUCCGUAGGCGACGCGUGCUCCUCCGCAUGUGUCCACGCAUUUACCGAGAGCCAGUGCACGAAGACUUCACCGAGGACGGCGAGAAAGGCACUCAAUGCGUGUAUCUCCCUGGCGUGGUCCUUUAUGCCGAUUCACCUUCUGUCCUCGCACGAAAAAUGGAAAUCGCCAGGAAAACGGCUGACCCUUCAGGCUCCGGAUCUGGUACCCCUGCUGUAGGUUCUACGGGUAAGGAUGGUGACAAUCUCCCUGCUCCUUCCGAUCUUCCAUUGGAUAAUGCAACAAAUGGCGCAGUCAAUGGUGAAGCAAACGUGGUGGAUCAGGCUGCUGGAACUCCUGCAGUGGAGGUUGCUGCAUAGCCAGUCGUCAACUGAACAAUUUUCUCCCUUCUCCUUUUGCCGGUGCGAAUUUCUCACACAAAGUUUUCCCACUUCCCAGUUUGCAGUUUUCCUCUGGAAGCCCCUCUUUUGAUUUCGUUGAAUUUUUUUGCGUUUCAUUUUCGCUUCUUAAUCCCUGAAACAUCUCAUUCCCUUCUCGUUUCUUGCUUUCUUCCCCGAUGUGUUCUCUUUAUCUUUGCUUUUUUCUUUCUUUUAUAUCUUCUAUAUGUGAUUUUGUAAGAUCCUGUAACGGUGAUGAUAGAUGGCAUUGUUGUAUAGUGGGGUUUUUCAUCAUCGUCUGGUUUUGUCGGAUUUUUUUCUGCCACAAGUUCUUGUUGUAUUUCAUUCAUACAUUUGACGAAAUUAGCGAUGC